CUAAUUCAAUUUCUUUGGUUUAUUGUGGGGGAGUUUUUGGCUAUAGGAUGUAUUGUUUCCAACUUCCCAUUUUAGGGGUGGUUAUAAAAGAGAGAGCUUUCUGAAACCACUGGUACUGGGAAUAUCAAGGCAGUCACAAUGAAGGGCCUGGUUGUGAUCCUGACUUUGGCUUUGGUUGCCACCAACCUCGCUACAGUCCAUGGUCUUGCCAUGGAAGCGAUUGUGACUCAUGUAGGAAGGUGCAGAUGUUUGAAACAAACUUCGUCACCUUUCAGUCCUAGACAGCUGAAAUCCAUUCAGGUCUUUCCUCAUGGGAUGCAGUGCCAAAACACAGAAAUCAUUUUAACCUUGAAAAAUAAAUGGAAAGUCUGUGUUGAUCCUAGUGCUCCUUGGGUGCAAGAACUACUUAAGGUGGUGACUAAAAGGAAAUGACUCCAAAUGAACUUUACUCAAGGCUGCAAAAUAUAUGAAAAGUCAGAAGGCAAAAUCACCACAUUCUACUAUCACCACUUUAUCUUUGCAACUUUACUCAAAACUACAGUAUUAAACUCCAAUGAUAGAAAAUGGACUGGAGCACUGAAAACUGACUGAAAUAGCAACGCUGAAAGAAAAGAUGGUUAAGAUUGUUGAUUUUGUCUUAAUUGCCAAAUAAAUGUAGAUUUUAAAACAAAAACCAACUGAAGAUUUUUUUCUGAAAAAUGGAAAAUGUUUAUUGACGUGAUGAUCAAUAAGAAAUCUGUCAAUGUAAUCAAUCUGUAGUUAUGGAUACUAGUAACUCUAAUAAUGUUAAUUUGGUUGGCUGGUAGAAAAAAUAUUUCUCUUUUUGGCUUUUUAUUACAGUUUGGAGAGGGAGUCAGAGCUCCUUUUUUGUUUCAGCGUCAUGUAUUAGCAGUUUAAAAUGUUGUUUCAUAUUUUAGUAUUUUUUUAGCUUCAAAUGUACAUUUCUGUAUCUUUUUUCCUUUUCCUUGUUUGUUUUUUUGGAAUCAGUUAGAUUGUUGAUGUAUUAAAACUAAUAUAUAAUAUUUUAAAACCCCAGCAGUUUAAAACCCGUGUCCUUUGAAGAUGAGUAAACGAAGGUAUCAGCAACUAACUUAUAGUUUUUUUUAAAAAAAGCACAAGGAAUGUAAAGUUGCUGUAAGAAAGCAUUCAAUCUCUAGCCAAGAUUUCAAGUAAUGAUUUGAUAAGCAUGCAAAAUAAUCUAAAUUAGUCUAAAAUGAAAGGAUUUUAAGUCCAGUGAGCUUUUUCCUCACUGUAAGAGCUGUUCAGUAAUGGAACUCUCUGCACUGGAGUGUGGUGGAGGCUCCUUCUUUGGAGUCUUUUAAGCAGAGGCUGGAUGGCCAUCUGUCAGGGGUGCUUUGAAUGUGAUUUUCCUGCUUCUUGGCAGGGGAUUGGACUGGAUGGCGCACAAGGUCUCUUCCAAUUCUAUGAUUCUAUUUCGUAAGUGUUCAUAGAUUGAAAAAACUAUUUGCCUUAUACACAGAAAGGGGAAACAUGUCCACUUAAGCAUCAAAAGCUGUUCCUUACUGUUGUAGUUCACCAACAUAGCAAUCUUUUCAUUGUGCUUUUCUGGAUUUAAAGUAAUGCCACAAUUCUUCAAAGAAAAAAAAUGGAUGUGUUUUUCAAGACAGAAAAAAACAAAAACAAAUGAGUAUUAAGGUACAAAUCAAUUUUGAAGCAGGAGAAGCCUUUUUUGACUCCAACCUGCACCAAUUACUUAUACAGCCUUUAAUAAACAACAACAGCAAACCAAUGAAGGGACUUAAGCUGUUUACAAUAUCUCCCAAUGUUGUUUUUAUUUCAUUUCUCCCCCUCCCCACCCCACAACAUUACAAAAGAUUGCAUGUUUUUGUAUUAUUUAAUAAACCGGCUCCUCUGCAGUUCAUAUACAAUCACAGGCAAAUUUUUUUUAAACUCCAUUUUAUACAAACAUCUCAAAAAUAGUUGGGAGUGAAGUAUGGUAGGAAAUAUUGCUCACGUUGCUAGUUAACAUGCACAUAGGAGAGAGAGAGAGAGAGAGAGAGAGAGAGAGAGAGAGAGAGAGAGA